ACGGUGUCAGUGUGUAGAGAGAUAUUCAAUAUUCAAUAGAUUUUGUGAGAGCGCAAGCAGAAACGAAAAAAUUGGGAAAUAUUGCUAGAAAAUGGAAGCAGAACUUCCAAGUUGCUCCAAUGUUUCCACCACGCAAAUGGCGAGUUCAAAAACUGAAGCAGAAAAGAAGGGCAAUGAGGCGGCGCAUGUCGUUGAAAUUCCCACUGAUUCCAUGGGCGAUAAUCGGCGCUUCCUUAAAGUGCAUAAAACGAAGCUGGAUACCGAAGAUGUGCAAAUUUUGGUGCUUAUUUUGGACAUCGAUUUCGGGCAGGGCUACAUACAGCCGGGGAAAGUAGAAAUGGUCUUCAAUAUGUUGGAUGCUGCCAUGGUGCUGGCCAAUGGCCAUCUGCUGGAGCGUCCACGCAACGAAGUGGGGGUCAUUGCGUGCUCCCGGAACAUUGUCAUGCUGGCACAUUCGAUUGAUGUACCAUUGACCUCCUACGACUACCAACUGGACACGAUCAUGACCAUGGAGUACGAAGUGUUGAAGAAGGUCAAGGCGGAGUUGUUUCGCGAUUUUUCCAAUAUCGACGCCGAUCAGGUGAUUGUGGACAACAAGAAGCCCUCGCUGCUAGCCGAGGCCCUGGAACUGGCUCUUUGCUACAUUCAGAAGCGUCGUCGCCAGAUACCGGACAUAUAUCCACGACGUCGCGUCCAGGCACAGAUUGUCAUUGUCACUGGCUCCGUUCUGCAAAAGGAGGUGCACAAGCGCUACGACAACCUCAUCCAGGAGGCGCUGGAGACCAAUGUGACCAUCAAUGUGUGUGGCAUCAAGGUGCCCAAGCAGCAGCCACUGCAACGUGCCACCGAGGUCACCGAUGGCCUCUACCUCUGCAUCGACGAUACAUUCAGUCUGGUGGGAAGCCUGGUCGACCAUUACCUGUAUCCCACGUUCCUGGUCAAGGCGGUCAAGCCACACAUUACGACGCCCGCCCGCUGUGCCUGUCACGGCUUUGCCAAUAAGAUUGGCUUCGUCUGCUCCAAGUGCAAGUUGGUGCUCUGCAAAUACUCACCCUACUGCGACGACUGUCUCGAGACCCAAGAACCCUUGAACGAAGGCGCUAUCAUUUGCAAGAACUUCAAUCCGAAUGGCAUUGUUUUUCCGAUCAAAAAGAAACCCAAGCAUGUCCAUAUCGUGGAAUCGCACAUUGCUCGACACAUCCAAUCGAAUGACUCGGAGUUACGCAACGCACGUCGCAUCCACUCGAUUGUGCGCAUCGCCCAUGCCUCAGGUCUCGACCUCAAUCUGGGCUCGUGUGGAUUCUUCUGAGAGUCCACAGACUGUACACACACAACACACCUACCUGUACACCUACUACACCUUUACACUUCAGCUACACUACAGUCACGCUGUUAGGUUAAUGUUAAGCCACAGUUACACCACUGUUACACAUCUGUUACACCACUGUACGUGGGAUCUUGUGAUAAACACCUACAAAUUCAUACAAAUUGAGCGCUCAAAAGGUGUCAUCCGUAGCAUU